AUGCAAGACACAUUAUAUGUACCAAACUUUGAUGAAAAUCUAGGCUUUUGGAAUCUUAAUGACAACCUACAGAAACAGUCAGCACCUUCAGCGCAAAUCCAUUAUAACGGUAGUCAUCACUGGUUAAUGUCAUAUCAAAUUUCGGAGAAUGAGCCAGUGUGUAUAUUGGACAGCUUAAAGUCGCAAAGAACGUUGAACAAUAGCCUUGCAAUUCAACUCUCCCAAAUAUAUGACAAUCAUAAAGACAGUCUGAAAGCGUUAAUUCCAGAAAUUCAACGGCAAGAGAAUUCAUCCGACUGUGGUGUUUUUGCGGUGGCAUAUUUGACUGAACUGUUAAUGACAAACUUCACAGUCGAUGUUUCAACUAUUAGGUUCGAUAUAUCAAAAAUGCGAGCUCAUUUGUACGAAUGUAUUAGCAAAUGUUCUUUCAGUGCAUUCCCAAAAAUUAACAAAAUGCCAAAGAUGCCAUGUAAAGAUGCAAGAGUUCAAACAGUAAGACUGUAUUGUACACGCAAAUUACCAGACAUUGUUGAGGACAUGGUAAAAUGUGACAAUAAAAAAUGUAGACAUAAGUGGUACCAUAAGAAAUGUGUAGGAUUUGUUGAGACUGUCAGAGGCAAAACAUGGCUUUGCCACUUUUGUUCCUGGUGA